AUGCGCAAAGCUCGUUCACCCCCUAUAUGGAUGUUUAACACUCUUCCUGUCAUGCUGAUUCGGACGUACGCUUUUACUGGCCGCAAACUACGCGUGUUGAUCAUGUUGACGGCCUGCUACCUCGCUGUGGUGGCCUCAGAGUUAUGGUUAUUCAGCACGCGCUUCGUUUUCCCUCAAGAAAUACACGUCGCGCUUGGCUACACUGGUUGUUUCGGAAACGACGCAGGCGCCCAAAGCGGCAGUCUGUUCGACACCAAACGCCGUGUCGCCCUCCAGUCAGGCUGCGUUCUGUUAGGCAUCUUUCUCCUUGAUGCAAUCAUGACGGCGACCAUUAUCUUCCACUGUAUCCGUAUACGCAGCACGCAAGGCGCCCUUGGAAAGGCUUUCAUCGCGCAAGGCUUGGUCGCAUUUCUCGCAAUGUCUUCAGUCAACCUCCCUGGUGCAAUAAUCUAUCUUUGGUAG